CACAACAACACGCAACCCGCGGGGGAGUAGGGCAAAAUAAAAUGAGAAAAUCCUCACGCGCAGUGGUGGGGUGGUGGUUACUGAAAAAAUACCCAGCAUGGGAAUCGACUUGGCGCGCGGGUAAUACCAAAGUGUCCCUCUCUUAUCUUAUGCCCUCUUGUAAGGAUAUAUGAAACAUAUGAAUCACUUAGCGGUGUUCAGAGUAACGGGUGGGGUGAAAUGCAGAUGAAUUAAUUUUUGGUUCGAACUACUCAAUACGGCACUUUUUCCCACCACUUCUGAAUUUUGUCAUGCGCAAAAUUAUCCAGGUGGUAAAUAGCUUGUACUGUUGUGUCUAGCGCUGUCAAUUGGAACUGUGCAAUUUCUAUCUUUGUCUAUCACUGCGGUUUGUGGCGAGUGAAAACAUAUUAUUCUCUAGUUUACUUCGAUGGAUUUGUACGGAGGUGUAAAGUGUUUUUCUCCAAAUAAUCGCGCGCAUUUCCUGUGUCCAUAUAGAGAAAACAUAAAUGAAAAUAAUAUUGAAAAAUUAUUAUGCCGAGUUUGUUCUUGUUUCUCGCUGAACGGCGGGCACGCUAAAAUUGUUUGCUUUCCUCUAGAUCAGAGAAAAGAGUCUUCUUCUUCAGUGACACUAAAAUGACAGAUCCUUUGAUAUUUCCAUUCGCUGACAGUUAGGCGGAUCAAAAAGCUUGUGUGUUCAUUGUUUAGAGAAAAAAUCAGAAAACAAUGAAAAAAGUACAAAUGAAUUGACAGUCAAGAAGAACUUUUGAUUGGCUCAUCCCUGAGCUGGCGGCAUGACUACUUCUGUAACGAUUACAAAUCUCGGAAAGUGUCCUCAGCGCUAAAGAUAAUGGUGCUGCUACCAACUAAAAAUACUGCAAGCAUUAAAAGAUUACCAGAGGUAAUGUAAUCGAAUUCCGCACUGUUUCCACGUAAGGAUUCAAUAUCGUAAACGUCUGCAAAUUCCAAACGUCGAAAAGUAACGUGGCCUGGAUUUUUGUUCUAUAAAGCAGAUGGUGUGUGGAAAAACAGUGUUUUGACGAGCUGGCUUGGGGAUUAAAGCAAGAAAACAAAUACCAAUCAUCGCUUUACCAAGGCCACAGCCAUGGAAAACACCAUAAAUACCACCGAACCCUCAAUUUCUGAGCUUGAAAGGAAACAACAAGAAUUUCAAACGAUUAAAGAAGAGCGAGACGGUCUUUUAGCCGAAGUGUCACAACUGAAAAAACAAAUUGAUGAGUUGGUCAGCGAAAAAGACAAAUUACAAGCCGAACACGCCGAAGAGCUAGCUGUCUUAUCUUCAAGUUUCUCUGAACAUUUUACAAGUAAUGGUUCUGGAAAUACCGAGACACACAUUAAGGAGUGCGAACGUGAGAUUCAAAAAUUAAGAAACACUAUCGAGGAUAAGAAUUACCAUAUCAACAAGCUUCAGAAGAAUUUGCUAAGAACGCAAAUGGAAAUGGAAUCAGAGCAAGAGAAACACGAGUCUGAGCUUGAAGAGCUGAGAGCGCAGCUUGAUAAACUAGAAAAUAGCGAUACUGAGAGUUUGGUAGAGGAGAGGAUGAAGGAAUUGAAGGCGAACUAUGAGAGGGAAGUGGAGGAAUUGAAGGAGCGGCUGGCUAAAGGAGAGAGUGAUGCGAGGGAUUCUGAACUAACAGAACGAAUACAGGAGAUCGACGAUUUAAAAAGCAAGAUGGCCGAUUUGGAAGAGAGUAUGGAGCAUCGACUAGAGCAGGAAGAGACGAAAUUCCGUCGUGAGGUUCUAGCGGUGAAAGAUCGGCUUAUACACCAGCAUCGUACUGAGAUCGACGACUUACUGAGUCAGUUAGAGCGCUCCAACGCUGAAGUGGAUAAGCUCAGGAAGCUCUCGAUGCAGCAGCAAUCCUCGCGGAGUAACUCGAUUGAAGCGGGAGAGUUUGUGGCGAACGGUGACAUAGGAUACAACGAGGCGGCUGGAAUGAAUGGCUCUUUAAGCGAGAGCUCGGAGGAUAGGGAUCACCCAGAGCUAAUGCGAGUUACAAUCAAGGACGGAAGCAUGGCUGAAGAGUUGGAACGCAUCCAUGCGCAGUAUCAGAAACAGGUUGACCACCUUACCAACAAGCUAAAGGAGCAGUUUCAAAAUGAGUUGGACGAUAAUGUGCACAGGAUUGAGGAGGAUUGGGAGCAGCAGUUUGAGCGACAACGGAAUGACUACGAGGAUAAAAUCCUGGCGAUGCAGCGGCAGAUCCGCGCUCAGCACCAGUCGGACCUGGAGCAGGUUACCGUCGACAUGGAAGAACAGAUUCAGUCCCUCAAAAAUGAUCACGCCGAGGAGAUAACAGAUCUGAUGCAAAGAAUGCGAGGGUUGUCAGAGGAGAGACGGCAAUCUUACAUCGAGGUGGACACCACCCAGCAACAGGUGUUUGUCAUCAAAGAGGAGUUUCAGUCUAAGGUCGAAAGUCUCGAGCAGGAGCUAAGCGCGGAGAGGGCAAAGGUCGCCGACUACGAAGCCAAACUUGGGGACGUAGAGAUGCAAGUGCAGGCGUUCAAAGCCGAAAAAGAAAAAGAAGUGAAGUUUAUCGAAGACGAGUUGAAGAAGCAGUGUAAGGCAUUGGUGGAGAAGAAGGCCAAGGAGCUGAAAGAGAAGUACCAAGGAGAGCUUAAUGAAAAGGUGAAUAAAGUUGAGCGGACUCUUAGAAAGCAAUACGAGGAGGAUAUUGUCAAGGGUCGAUCAGAGCUCGAGGAAACAAAUCGUACUUUGAAGGAGAAAUACGAAAGCGAAGUCUCUGAAAUAAUGCUUCAGAUGGAACAGGUUCAGCAAAGAAACCAAGAAGUAUUUGAGGCUCAACAAAAGGAACAGUUCGAGAAACAGCUAUCGCUGGUCAAAGACGAACUGCAGCCUUACAAGAGUAAAUGUCAAGAGCUGGAACAGGAGAACAAGGAACUUAUGGAGAAGUACGAAAGGGACCUUUCCGAGCUCAAAAACAAAAUGGACGAAGUGGAGGAGCGUUAUAAAAUGACAGAAAACAUCGAGGAAGAGGGGAUGAAGACUCUUGAACAUGAGCUACAGAUUUACAAAGCAAAGGUCAAGGAGUUGGAAGAUGGCAACAGAAUGUUAGUGGAGAACUAUGGAGCCCAACUCGAAAAUAUGAAAAGAAAAUACGACGAAAUGGAAGAGGGAGAGGUGAGAACUCUCCAGGAAGAGGUAAACAUAUAUAUGAAAAAAGCGGAGAAACUGGGGGAGGAGAAAUCGGCGCUGAUGCAAGCGUAUGAGGAUGAAGUAAAGCUCUCGAAGGAAAAGCUAGAAACGUUGGAAAGCUCGAAUAAAAAGAAAGAUGAAAAUUUCGACAAGCUGGCGGCAGAGAGGCAGGAAUUAAGUGUAAUUGUGGAUGAUCUUUCUAAACAACUGGAAUCUUAUAUUUCUAAUUGCGCAGAGCUUGAAGAAGCCAAGCGAGCCAUGGACAAUAGGCUUACGGAAAAGGUUGAGUCUUUGACGGAAAAGAUAAAAGAGCUUGAAAACGAUCUCGAGGAAAGUCGUAGGAGGUGUCUUGAGCUAGAGGGAGGUCAGGUUGACUCGGAGACUGCGAUAAAGAUAGCACAGCUUGAACAAGAUUUAAGUGAUUCUCAAAGUACAAACGUUGAACUGGAGGAGGAAAAGAAAAACAUCGAAGUAAAGCAUUUUGAAGAAAUUGAAAAGUUUUCCGAGAAACUACAAUGCUUGGAAAAAGAGUUACAAGAAACACAAGAAAAGUACCUCAAUGAGAAAAAAGAAAAGCUGUCUCUAGUGGAUAAGCGGACAUCGGAAGUUCAAGGGUUGACCGAUAGAGUCGCUGAUCUGGAGAAAGACUUGGAAGAUGCCACUGCCAACUGUUACGAGCUGACCGAGGUGAAGAGGGCUAUGGAGAAUAAACAUUUUGAGCAAAUGGAGGAACUUCAUUCUAACUUGAAUAAUGCAUUAGAAAACGCAGCUAAGAAAGAUAAGGAUUUUGAGGCUAUUCGUAAAGACAAGAACCAACUCGAAAGCAAACUGGAACAAGUUUCGGAGGAGCUGCAACUGUCAAAACGGAGGGUAAUGGAGAUUGAGAUCGAAAAGGAGCAGUUGAAGUCCUCACAUGGAGAGGAGAUUUCAGAUCUUACUAAAAAAAUUGGAAGCGUACAGGAAAAUGAGGAAGGUGUGGUAAAUGAGGAGAUCAAACAGCUCUUACAUGAAAACAGAGAUUUAAAACAUGAACUCCAAGCUUUCAAGGCCACACUUGAGUCCGUCAAAGAGUCGAAUAGCAAUAUCUUACAGGAAAAGAAAAAGCAGUCUGACGAAUUCAAUUUUCAAGUUGCUGAACUGAAAGAAAAAGUUCAGGCUUUGGAAGAUGAAAACAGGAAGGGAGCUAGUAGUCUUGAUGACAUCAAAGUAAAGUACGAGCUUUUAAUUGCAAAUCUCAAGGACGAUAUCGAGACUCAGAAACAGAAUAAUGGUGAACUGGAACUCGCAAACAACAGACACAUGCAGGAAAUUGUCAGUCUAGUUCAAGAGGUUGAGCGAUUAAAGAGCGAGACAGGAAACACGAGUACAGAGAGUGUAACGGAAGAUACGCAGACAUACAAGGAUCACAUUGAGGAACUGCAAAAGGAGAAUGAUAGGUACAAGUCCUUAAUCGAAGAGUUGGAAUACGAAGGUCAUGAUAAGUUUGGCGUCCUGCUGAGCCAGCACGAGAAAGAGCUUGAAUCACUAAAAGAGGAACUUGAGGAGCAAAUUGCAAAGAAAAGGGAACAAUUGGCAAAAGAAGCUGGAGCAAAACGCCAGAAGCUAAAGGAGGAAUAUGAAGGAAAGCUUAGAGUUAUUUACGAAGAGUUGGUUUCUGAAAGGAGCAAGAACAAAGAGCUAAUGAACCAGAAUAAUCAGCUCAGCCAAAAAGUUAAACUACUUGAAGGCGUAACAACCAAACAGAAGAAGGACAUUGAAAGGGUGAAGCAAAUGGAAGAAAAGCUCAAAGAACUUGAAAGACAGUCAAAACAAAGCGAAGAAACCGAUAAUCCGAAAGUCAUUGAGAGCUAUGAAGACAAGAUAAAAGCCCUGGAAAAGGAGAUUUCCAAUCUUAAGGAUAGAAACAACAAUGGCGAGAAAGUUCAAGAGCUUCUUCAUAAAGUAACGUAUUUAGAAGGUGAGUUAAAAGAAAGAAGUGUUGAAACUGAAAAACUCAAACAAACGUUGCAAGAAAGGGAGGAGCAAAUCGAAAGGCUAAAAGAAGAGUUCCAAGAAAAGAGUAGAGAGUUGGAUAAAAUGAGGAAAGAAGUUGAAGGUGGAGGCGCCUUGGUUGAAACAUUACAGGAACUCUUGCGAGAGCGUUGCGAAGAGGUCGAUGUUCUAAAGGAAAAGAUAAGUGAUAAGCGUCAGGUACAAGACAAAAACCCCGCAUCGAAUGACAAAGCAGAGGAAGAAGCCUCGACCAAAGAGGAGCGAGUCAAUGAUCUUGAGCGUAAACUCGAUGAGUUACAACAGUCAAAUACCAGACUUUUAAAAGAGCUGGAAGAAUCGCAAGCGUCUACCGCUAAGCUUCAGCGAAAUAUUCAUAACAUGGAUAAAGCGAAGCAAGCUGUCAUAGAGAUGUACGAUGGGAAAAUUGACCAGCUUGCGCAAGAGCUAGACGAUGCUAUCCAUAAAGGAGAUGACUUAAGUCAAAAGCUUGUGAGUUUGUCUAAUACUAUGGACGAAAGGGUGGCAGAACGGGAUACCCUCAUCAGGGAAACAUCACAGGAGCUGGAAGCUGAGAAAUGUAAGUCAGCUGGUUUAGAAAAGGAAUUGCAAUCAGUUAGGGAAGCACAGAACUCGGACAACAUGUCAAGUGUGGAGCGCAUGAAAGAGGAACUUUUCAAAGAGCACGAAGAACUGAAUUCUACUUUAAGAAUGAAUUAUGAAGAUAUAUUUGCUAAAAAGGAACAGGAAUACAUGGCAAAGACAAAAGAGUUAGAAAUCGAGGUGGUGGCCCUCAAGGGAAUGGUUGCAAACCUUGAACAACUCGGGCAGCUCAAGGACGACGAAAACGCAUCCAACAUCAGAGAAAAUGAAGAGAAGCAUUGCUUCACUUUGCAAUCAUUCAAGAAGGAGGUUGAGGUCGAGCGGAAUAUGAUGCAAAACAAAGUACUUGCCCUUGAAAAAUUAACAGAGGUACAAAAAGAAAGUAUCGAAGAGCUUCAACAACGUUUGGAUAGUGUCAAUGAGACUAAAGUAAAGGGAUUUUCAGAACAAAUAGUUAUAUUACAAACUGAAAACGAAAGGUUGAAAAGACACUACGAGAAUGAGUUGAACUUGCUGAAAAACCAGAUUGCGUUUGAAAACAAUUUCGAGGUUGAGUUGGAAGAGGGGCAUCAAAGGGAGAUGAACAAUCGAACAGAGGCGAUAAAACUCGAGCACAUGAAAGAGGUUAAGAAGCUGACAACGCAAUUACAAAUUAAAUGUAAUGAAGUAGAAGCAAUAAAAUGUGAACUUCAUAAAAAGAGCACGUGCUUGGAAGAGCAUGAAGACAGACACAGAGAAGCAACCGAGAGCUUGAAGGAAAAGUACGAAAUUGAACGAAAGACGUUACAAAACGCUAUACAGGAACAAGAACAGCAGAUCGUCAAAUAUCGUGAUCAAGUUGAAACGUUGUCCUCACAGCUGGAAGUGAUAGCAGCUGUUAAGAGGGAUUCAACUGUAAGUAAAGAGUCAUCUGAUGUCUCCGAUCUGCAGAAGGAAAAUAGGAUUCUUACUGAAAAACUAAGCAGUCUACAAGAAGACAUAAAAACUUCAGCGCAAACGCAUGAGAGCGAAAUAGCGUCAUUGAAGGCAGAGCUCGAGUCUGAGUACCAGCAGCGCCAAGACAGAAUGACUAAGGAUCAUGCCGAUGAACUAGACAAGUUGAUGGUUCGCCUAGAAAGUCUGGUCCAGCAAGAAAAUGCGUCGAAGGCUUUGACAGAAAGCCACAUGCUUGACCUCGAAGUGCUGAGGAGUAAGAUGGGCAAAAACGUCGAGAGGCUAGCAUGGGAGAAGAUCGAAUCGACAAAACGGCUCUUGGAAGAGGAGUUUGACGAAAACAAGAGAGCAAUUGAAGAUCAGCUAAGGUACAAAAGACAAGAGGUUGACGAACUGAAGAAGUACAUCAAGUCGUUGAAGUCGAAGAUGAGAGGCAUGGAAGAGGAAAUUGCGAGAAAUCACGAUGAAGAAGGUUACAUGAAAGGGGAAUUGAAACGACUUCGGGAUGAGAACGCCGAGUUGCUCAAAAGCGUAAGGGAGCAGAGACAGCGUAAGGUUCACGAUGCUGAUAGUAAGCGAAUCGAACGACUCAGAGACGAGAACGAGAGGCUGAAAGUUGAAAAUGAAAGCUUAAAAAGAACAGAAAGGUUUAUUUCCUCAAGAACUGCAGAGAGGAAUGAAGGAUCAGAUGCCAGCGACAAAGGUCGCCUUUCUCAGCUCAUGAAAUUUAUGGAACAUUUGAUGUCGGAGAGGAACCAGUUAGAACUUAAGUUAAGGGAAGAGCUUCUGGAUCUGAAAACAAAGUAUGGAGAUAGUAGAUUGUCGUCGGUAAACGAAUGUUUGCAGCCUAACGCUUCUCCUGACAAGCCACUCACAAAAGACGCUAUUUCCGGCAUGCUGCAGGCACUACGCGAGACUAAAGCAAAGCAGGAAAAAGAGAUCCAGUCCCACAUUCGUGAGAUUGAGGACAUGAUAAAGGACAUCAAAGAAAAGAUCCGGUCGGCGGAGUUCGCAGACAGACGGAUCCAAGAGGUGUUAACGAGCCAGCUUCGGCACCUGGAGGAGCAGCGGCGCCUACUUGUCGACCGGUUGCAAAAGCUUAGAGAGAAACACAAAGUCAUAGAGGACAAGUUGCUCCGGCAGAUGGCACACAUAACUUCUAGCACCAGCCCGGGAGACGAGGCAAGGUCUAAGUACUAUGAGAAUCUUCUGGAAGAAAACUUGCAACGCGAGAAGAGAAUUCUGUCGUUGAAGCGCAAGCAAAUAAGCGACCUUCAGCAGAAGCUGAGUCAAGAGAAAGUCGAAAUGGAGCGCAAAGUCGCCGAAAGUCAGCAGCUGCAGAUAAAAUUAAAGGAGAAGGACAGGCUGGAAAAGGAGUUGUCGACAGAGAGGCAAGCUCUGGAAAAGAAAUGGGUUGACACACUCAAAAAGAAAGAGAGGGUCUUAGAAAAUGAGUUGAAAUACAAUGAAAGCAGAAAGUUGAACGAUUCAGGAAGCAGUACUGCCUCGCGCAUUAGCGGACUUAUAUCUAGAUCUUUCGAGAUCGACAAAGCUAGCCCAAGAUACCAUUCAAGCCCUGAGAGCGUAAAUGAUUGUCAGCCUUUGGAUCAUCUCAAAUCAUUAUCCAGAAAAACGCGCGAAUACCCAUCUGGUAGUGACAGAGUUAGUCAAACAUACACUAAUGAGUACUAUUCACCAAGAAACAGAAUGUCGAAUCGCGAAGACCCACUUUUACGAGACUUCUGUCGGCUUCCUAAUGAACAACACAAAGUCCAUACUUACGUUCCUCAUCUUGAGAUCGAAUUAGAUGAAGAGGACCUCGGCUUAGAACUAGACCUUCCAACGAACAUUGACGACACUUUUUACUGGGAGGUUGACUCCAAGGAUGAUUCUGAUAUCGAGUUUUAUAGUCCUGAGUCUGAAACAGCAUUUGAAGUAGCGGAGAAGAAUUGGGGUAGGAAUCUUGAGGAGGAGUUGAACCGAAUUUCAGCCGGAAAAGUGAGGGUAGACAAGAAAACUACUCAAGAGCUGGAAAGUAGACUAAACUUGGAUUAUCGAUCGAACAAACAAAGUGAUUCAAGUAAUUACGAUCCUAGUUUUUCGACUUAUUCCUGGCUGCAGAAGACAGAUCAUUCUGUAAGCCGCCAUGGACGAGAAUCGACUUCACCGGUUAAUCUCCCAAGAGCGUCAACCGCAAUCCCAGGGAAGGGAAACGCGGGCAAUCUCUCACACAAUCAGUCAAUGGACAUAUCUCGCAUUCCAACAAUCCUACCGAAUCUCCUAAAGGAGGUUAAUUUCAAGUCAUCCGCUACUAGGGAUGACAGCGCGAGGGAGCUUAGGGCUGUUGAAAGACCGACCAUCGAGCAGCGACGCUCGUUAAGCUCUUUGUACGCGGAGCAGCAGCGAAGUCGGCUCGACCCAAAAACAAAUACGAACUUCGAAGAACACAAUGGUGUUGUUAACUCCCCGCGAUCGGUCAAAUCCGAGCCAACAGAGAAGGGUGGGGUGCAGGUUUCCGAGUCUUCUUCUGGACUUAGGAAAAUGUCAAGCUUCACGGACAUGUCGGACAGCACUGCUGUGUUCCUACUCAACAUAGAUGACUACAUUGACAGACAUCAAGUUCGUUCUUCGCAUGAGGUGGCAAACCUUAGAGACUUGUCCCCAACUGAAAGCCGAUAUCAUAGAAAAUGAACCAGAGCUUUAUAUUUGAUGUUUUAUUUCAAGGUGUGGACCAUGCUUAUAACGUUUCACUCAUUCUUAAUCCGUUGAUUCUUAGAAAUAUUUUAAACUUGAAUGUUUUAAACUUUUACUUUUUUGUAAAACUACCAGUGUUUUUUUAUUUAUCUACAACCCCUUGGCAUAACAGUGUUUAUGUAAAGGCAUCUUUUAAGAUUUGUGCACUUUUAUGCCUAUUCUGGGUACCAGAGCCUCACUGGACAAGAGAAGUCUGGAAGCUCUGGUGCACAUGGUAUUUUAUGCCCUUCCUCGUGUGAAGUUGUGGUUACAUAUGUACCAUAGUAGUUUUCUUUUAGGAAAGAUAGAUUUAUUUUAAAUUUAAAAUGUAAAUACAAAACUGCGCAAAGGCAUUUAAUGUUUUGGUGUGUUUGUGUGGUGUGGUUUCCGCAUUAGAAUAAAAUCACGAAUCGACGCC